AUGGCAUCCCAAGAGAACUAUAGAGGUCAGUUUAGAUUUGACAAAAGAUUGAUGGGAAAGAAGAAAGUAAAAGAAGCAGUGGUUGCAGCUUGGAACAAGAGAAGUGGUAUGGUUGAAUUUUCUGUGUCUGAAAGAUUAAGAGCUUGUCGUAAAUCUCUAAGUCGGUGGAAAAAAGAGAAUGAUUUGAAUUCCAGGGAUAAGAUUUCUCAGAUUGAAGUGGCUUUAGAAAAGGAACAAUCUGUCCAUUAUCCGAACGGCUAUGUAGUCAUGGGUUUGAAAAGAGAUUUGGUGAAAGCUUAUAGGGAAGAAGAAGUUUUUUGGAGGCAGAAAAGCAGAGAAUCCUGGUUGCGAGAUGGUGAUCGUAACACGAAAUUCUUUCAUGCUUCAGUGAAAGCUAACCGGAGGAAAAAAAGAAUUGAGAAGCUGUUGGAUGUGAAUGGCAAUUUUCAAAGGUCUGAGGCGACAAAGGGAGAGGUAGCUUCGGCUUAUUUCCAAAACCUUUUUAAAUCAUCUAACCCCUCUUCCUUUGAUUCUUGGUUUGAAGGGAUCAUUCCAAAAGUGACUGAAAGGAUGAAUCAGUCCCUUAUCAGGCAGAUUACUGAUGAAGAAAUAAAAGAAGCUGUUUUCUCAAUUAAGCCAGGAAGUGCUCCUGGUCCGGAUGGUAUGUCUGGUUUUUUCUUUCAGUUUUACUGGGAGGUGGUUGGUUCUCAGGUUACUAAGGAAGUGAAGAAUUUCUUUCUCAAUGGAGACUUUCCGAUUGAGUGGAAUUAUACGCAUCUUUGUCUUAUUCCAAAGACUAUUCAUCCAGUGGAGAUGUCAAACUUGCGCCCUAUAAGUCUUUGUUCGGUGACUUAUAAGAUAAUCUCGAAGAUUUUGGUGCGCCGUUUACAAGGUUUCCUUCCCCAGAUUGUAUCAGAAACUCAAUCAGCCUUUGUUUCGGAGCGUCUGAUUUCCGACAACAUUCUGGUGGCCCAUGAACUUGUGCAUAGCCUCAACGUUCAUCCAGAUAUUUCAUCAGAGUUCAUGGCAGUUAAGUCUGAUAUGUCUAAGGCAUAUGAUAGAGUUGAGUGGAGCUAUCUCAGAUCUCUUCUUUUGGCCUUGGGGUUUCAUAUCAAGUGGGUAAAUUGGAUCAUGCGGUGUGUAUCGUCUGUUACUUAUUCAGUUGUUAUAAAUGAUCAGCCUUAUGGUAUGAUUACACCGCAAAGAGGUUUAAGACAGGGAGACCCUCUUUCUCCCUUUCUAUUUGUCUUAUGCACUGAAGGUCUAACCCACCUGUUAAAUAAAGCUCAACAGGAAGGAACUAUUGAAGGCAUUAGGUUUUCAGACUCAGGACCUGAAAUUCAUCAUCUUCUUUUUGCUGAUGAUAGCCUCUUUCUGUGUAAAGCUUUCUCUGGGCAGUGUAGAAAACUGGGGAGUAUUCUCUCAUCUUAUGGAGCAGCGACUGGCCAAACAAUUAAUGUGGAAAAAUCUUCUAUUUCUUUUGGAAGCAAAGUCAAUGCUCAAGUUAAAAAGGAAGCUCAAGAGAUCUUGGGUAUAUCAAAUGAAGGUGGAGCUGGUAAGUAUCUUGGACUUCCUGAAUGCUUUAGUGGGUCUAAAGUGGAGAUGCUUAACUAUAUUAAAGAUAGGUUGAAAGGAAAGCUAUCGGGUUGGUAUGCUAGAACAUUAUCUCAGGGAGGUAAAGAAGUGAUGCUUAAAUCCGUUGCUAUGGCGAUGCCUAUUUUCGCCAUGUCUUGCUUCAAGUUACCAAUCACUACUUGUUCUGCUCUUUCUAGCGCGAUGGCUGAUUUUUGGUGGAGCUCUUGUGAGCAUUCGAGGAAGAUUCAUUGGCAGAGUUGGGAAAAACUAUGUCUUCCUAAAUGUUUGGGAGGCAUGGGUUUCAGAGAUAUUGGCCUUUUCAAUCAGGCUUUACUUGCUAAGCAGGCAUGGAGGAUUUUACAAGUCCCGAAUUCCUUAAUAGCAAGGAUGUUGAAGAGUAGAUAUUUCCCUGUUAGUGAUUUUCUGAAUGUUGGCCUUGGAAAUAGACCCUCGUAUGGGUGGAGAAGUAUUUCCUUUGGAAAAGAUCUUCUGUCUGAAGGCUUGGUUAAAAAAGUUGGAAAUGGAGCUUCCACUAAUGUUUGGAGCGAACUGUGGAUAGAGGAUAUUGUUAUGCGUUGCCCUCUUAUGAAGAACGAUAGGAUCAAUAUUGAUUUAAAGGUGGAAGAGCUUAUUGAUUUUAGCUCAAGAGGAUGGGACAGGGGUAAAUUGGAUGAUCUUUUUUAUCCAGAUGAUGUUCAAAGAAUCUUGAAGCACAAGCCAGUGGUUUCUAAGGAUGAUUUUUUAGUUUGGAAACUGAACAAGAGUGGACAGUUUUCAGUAAAAUCAGCCUAUUGGUUAGCGUUUCAAAUCAAUAAGGGGACCUUUUACAAGGAGCAGAAGCUCUUCCCUCUCUUAAUAUCCUAA